CACAACUGCACCACUGAGAGGAAGAACAGAGAGAGAGCUGAUGCUGCUGCAGACUUCGUUCGCUCCUUCGCUAAUUUUCUGCACUUAAUCAAAAUCCCUCAAAAACUCCUACAAAAAAAAAGAAAGAAAGAGAAGAUCAGGACCAGAAGAACCAGGAGAAGAUGUCCAAAUCAUUGGGCAGGAGUGCACCGAGGUGGCCGAGAUGGAUCAAAUCAGCUGCCAUCUCUCUCUUUCUUCUUCUGGUGUGUACGCAGGGAACGGCCGAGGGACGCCGAGUGACCAAAACUCCUCGCUGCCCAGCCACUUGCUCCUGCACCAAAGACAGCGCGUUCUGCGUGGACACUAAAGCCAUCCCCAAAAGCUUUCCACCUGGCAUCAUUUCACUGACGAUGGUGAACGCGGGCUUCUCCGAGAUCCCAGAGGGAGCGUUCUCUCACCUACACUUGCUGCAGUUCCUUUUGCUGAAUUCCAACACUUUCACUGUGAUUGCUGAUGAUGCCUUUUCUGGCUUGACGCACCUGCAGUAUCUGUUUAUUGAGAAUAAUGAUAUCAAGUCUCUGUCCAAAUACACUUUCAGAGGUCUGAAGUCUCUAACACACCUAUCCCUGUCUAACAACAAUCUUCAGGUUUUACCCAGAGAACUGCUCAAACACCAGGACAUCCUCACUGACCUAGACCUGAGAGGGAACUCGUUCCGCUGUGACUGUAAGAUUAAGUGGCUGGUGGACUGGAUGGAGAAAAGCAACACCUCCGUCCCGGCUAUAUACUGUGCCAGUCCCUUUGAGUUCCAGGGCCGACGCAUCCAGGAUUUAACACCACGAGACUUCAACUGCAUUAGUGCAGAUUUUGCUUUGUAUGAGACCUACCCAUUCCAGUCCCUCUCAGUGGAGUCGUAUGACUUUAACGAUGACUUGUAUGUAGUAUUCGCUCAGCCCAGCACGGGAAUGUGCACCGUUUACAUCUGGGAUCAUGUCAACAUGCUUUUCAAGACUCAUUACAACAUUACCUCUCGGUCUGCAGUGUACUGCAAGCCUGUGGUGAUCAACAACACACUCUACAUGGUGGUGGCCCAACUCUUUGGAGGAUCCCAUAUCUAUCAGUGGGAAGAAGGGCCUUUGCAGUUUGUCAAAAUCCAGGACAUCGAUGCCAGUCGUGUACGCAAACCGAACUUCAUCGAGAUGUUCCAGAUUGAAGGAGAAACCUUCUUCGCUGUAGUCGACAGCUCCAAGGCAGGCUCCACUAGCAUCUACCGCUGGAACAGCAACGGCUUCUACUCGCACCAGUCUCUUAACCCAUGGCACCGAGACACACACAUACACUUCCUGGAGAUGGACGGUAAGGCCCGACUAAUCCUCUCGAGCUCCUCGCAACCUCCGGUGGUGUACCAGUGGAGCCGUGGGACACGCCAGUUCGUCUUCCAUUCACAAAUCCCACGUGCUGGAGAUGUCCACAUGGUCGUUCACUUCUGGGCCCAUCAGGCACUCUACCUCUGCCUGACGCGGUUUAUCGGUGACUCGAGGCUGGUGCGCUGGGAAAGCCAGCGCUUUGUUGAGAUCCAGACACUCCCUUCACGUGGCUCAAUGGCACUACAGCCGUUUAGUGUAGGAGUGAGGCAGUACCUGGUUCUGGGCAGCGAUUACUCCUUCUCAAAGAUCUACCUUUGGGAUGAGCUCACGCAGCGCUUCCAGCCUUUCCAGGAGCUCAACGUUUUGGCGCCACGUGGCUUCAACCUCGUCUCCAUUGACAACAAGGACAUCUUGCUCAUUGCCAGUUUUAAAGGAAAGACUGUGGCGUAUCAACAUCUACUUGUGGACCUCAGCGCCAAGUGAAUUAAAGACGUUGAAGAUGUUUUCAUCCAAGAAGGAUGGGUUUUGUUAAUGAAAGAUCAACAUGCCUCGAAGCUUUUGUUUCAAAUUAAGUUUAUAUAGGAUCCGGACUUUGAGACAGGUUUUUAAAUUUAUUCUUGUAUAAAUGUGUCAUAAAUUAGCAUGCUGACUUGCUCUUCAAGAAUGGAACUGGACACUGUUCAUAAGCUUAUACGGAUAUAGUAGAC